ACAUCCUCCUCUCCGCUCAGAAGACUGAAGGAUGGAGAGAGAACAGAGGAAACAAUAAAGAUGAACUGAUCCAUUGGAUGUAAAACAGAAGACUGAAAUAAGAUUAUAAACAUUUCCCAGUGAUUUUCGGACCAUUUGUGUGUUUGUCUGUGAUGGUGGACUCGGUACCGGAGAUCAGGCCUCUGGAGCGCUAUGAGCCGAACCGAGCCAAAACCUGCGCCAGUCUCCGGUGGCUCCUGUGCAAAGCUUUCGGUUCCUCAGAUGAUGUUCCAGCAGAUCUGAGUGAAUCUAUACCUGGUGAUCAGGAUGGUGAUGCAGUGGGCGUGGCGCUGGAGUGCCUCCUGCUGUCCUGUGAGCUGUACUCUCGCACAUAUCUGUCUGUACAGCAGCGAAACACACACUCGCAAACACACUCACACACACACUCGCACAAAGACCUGCUGCAGCUACUCCAGCAACACAGUGCGCCACCAAUAUACACUCAAACACACACACCGGUCACGGACACUGAACUGUCGAGCAAACCUAUCAACAUGGCAGCUCAUUUGGCCCUGAUAGAUUCCCUGAUGUCUCUGGCUGCCAUGGAGACGGUCAGCGUGGUCAAGAUGGCGAAGGAGGCGGAGCAGUUUGGGGACGGAACCAGCUGUGAAAACUCACUCCUGUUCUGGAUCAACAAGUUGAAUCAAAAGUUGAGAGAGAGCACAGAGACUGAACAAGAUCAGAAGACACAACGCUGCACAGAUCUCCAACCUCUUCAACCGUCUUGUCCAUCACGCUGGUACUGGAAGCUGGUUCCACAUGCCAUCGCUUUUUGUUUGAAGGAGUCGGGGAAAAAACCUCCAGUGAUCCGCUACAGAAAGGACAGGGUGCGAUCUAAACAGACUCCCACCUUUUCAGUCGUGUCUGGAGUGAAAGAUCUGUCCAACGGCUGUGCCAUCGCUGCUACCAUACACUUCUACUGCCCCCACAUUUUGCCCCUAGAAGAGGUUUGUUUGAAGGACACCAUGUCAGUAGCAGACAGUUUAUAUAAUCUGCAGUUGAUUAGAGAGUUUUGCAAUGACCACCUGCAAGGCUGCUGCCCCCUAGUUUUUGAGGACCUACUGUAUGCCCCGCCCAUAUUACAGGUGAAUAUCAUGUGCUUCUUGGCUGAGCUCCUUGCUGUGUUUGAAGUGCAAAAACCUGAUAUCGUCAAGCCAGUGCACACCUUGGACCUGACAGAUGCCUCUGAUUUAAAGGACUGCACCAGCCCUAUCAAUGGCAAUAGUGGAUCACAGUUCCUGCUUAAGCAACCCCUCUUAUCAUUGACAUCCCCUGUAUCUUCCAAUGGUGGAACAGAUGGCCGAGGCUGGGGUAAAAAACAGAUCAGUCGUCCUCUCUCUGCUGUGGCUUUUAGCAUUCCUUUUCCUCUGGACAGUGAUGUGGAUGUCGUAAUGGGCAAUCCUCUGUUCCGGUCGGUUAGCACUGACAGCCUCACCAUGGCAACAAACCCUGCUUUGUACACACCUCCUGAAGAUCUGAGUAAGCUGAUCGGUCAGGCUCCGCUGGGGGAGUUGCCUGCCAUUGAGGAGGCACUGCAAGUCAUUCACACAGUGCGGAAUGAACCACGUCAGCGUCCAGAGGGGGCUCCAGCUGGUUUCUUCCUCCACUCCCAUGAUAAGGAUGAGACCAGACUGAGCAGCUCUGCCCCGUGCCGUUCUGGGAUGAUGUACAGACCAAUCGGUGGGGAAGGAAUUAGUGACAGAAGGCCAACAGGUUGUUCCAAAGAUUCUGAUAUGCCAGAAGACCUCGGAACACCCACCAAUGGACCAAGAGGAGGACAAAUGACAAGUUUCGCUGAGCGUAGGAAAAGGCUUCCAGAGUCUCCGGGGGCUUCUAGGGUCCUGGGCUCAGAGGAACCUUCAAGCCCAGGGAUGAUGAGCCCUGUCGGCACAGUGGAGGCUCAGGAGCUAGGGGCACAAUUGGAGGAAAAACGCAAAGCCAUUGAAUCACAGAAGAGACGGAUAGAGGCAAUCUUUUCAAAGCACAGACAGAGACUCGGCAAGAGCGCCUUCCUUCAACUGCAACGGCAACAAGGGGAAGGAGGAAAUGGAGUCAAAGAAGAGGCAGAUUCACUUAGUCUAGAUGAAAGACUUACUAAAAUGGAGGAAGCACUGCAAAAAGAAGAAGAUAAGGAGAAAGAGGAAGACAAGAGAAAGAAAGACAAGAAAAAAGAUGAGGAAAUUGAAGAGAGGGAUGGAGAACAAAAUGUCAAACUGCCACCCAAACUGGAGAAGCAGGUGACAUUCUCAGUGGAGCUGGAGAAGGUGCCGGAGAAAGAGCCACCACUGGUCGAAUACAAUGAGGCAGUGUCCAAGCUAACCUCUGCCUUGCAAGCACUACAGAAGGAUAUGCAGCGUCUCACAGAACAGCAACAGAAGCUUAUGGGAAAGAAAACAUCAGCAUCUUCAUCAUCCAAAACCAUGCCACUUAAAACGAUCCCAUCUCCAAGCAAAGCAUGGGUCAUACCAGCAAGUCCAAAAAUCUCAGCCACACCCCCUCGUCUCUCACGUGAAUCCACCCGUGACCUUUCACCCUCAGGGUCACCAUCACGUCAAAGUGACCUUAAAUCCCCUAAGACAUCCAAAAACUCCACUCGUAAGCUUUAUAACAACUCCCCUCCUCCUAAGAGCCCCAAACGACAGCACCCCAGCCGUCCCAGUGACCUUGGUUUCCAGCCCCUCACCCGUGUCCUCUCACCUCUCCAGCAUGUUGACACACUACCCCACCUUCGACGUGUUUCUCCCAGUCAAUGCCAGGUGCAGACCAACUCCACCCUUCGAAUUGGAGGUCCACGAACACCCCAGGAGCCUGAAAGUCAACCCCAACCGCAAUCAACCCAAGAAAGUGCAGAGUCUGAGUCUGGUUCCAGCGACGAGCACACUCCAAUUUUCAGCCUGGAACUGGAGCCCACUGACCCUGCACCACCCCCUGCUGUGGGAUGUGCUGCGAGUGUUUGUGGUGGCAGUAGCUCUGGAGCACCCUCUGAGUGCUCAUUUCUCAGUGAUGUGCUUGUCAGCGCCUCACAGAGGCAGGAGGAGGGAGAGACAGAUCAGGAGCAGCUUGACAUCUUCUCCUCUGACUCCAUGAGUGACCACACAGAGACAGAGAGCAGAGCAGGGGUCAGCUUCUACUUUAAGGAGGGAGGUCUGUCAGAGGAGGAGAUGGCACUGAAGAGAGCUUUGCUACUAGAGCGACAGCAAAGACGGACAGAUGAAAUAAAGAAACGGAGAGAGAGACAGGAGCAGGAGAACCCGAGCCAUCUGUCUUCUACAGACAGUCUGCUCCAGUAUGUGACUCCGUCCCUUUCCCAGUCUCUGCCCACCACAUAUCCUCCUCCCCUGCCACCCCAGACUGCAAACACCCCUAGGACACCUCAGGCCACACCCCCCGGGACACCACAAAGGCGUGGCGGGUUCACAAAGGCCGAAUACGAGCGAAGGCACCAGCUGAAGAUAAUGGCUGAUCUUGAGAGGGCGCUGAAGCAGAAACCGGCACAACGCAGCAACAAGAAACACACACACUCACCACGCAAGGAGAAAAAAGUCGAACAGCAGAACCUUGUCCAGCCCAAUGGACCCGUGCCUCCAGACAAACCCACCAGCACCUCCGACUCCACCUCUAAAUUGAUGUCACCUGGCCUUCUAUCCAAUCAGAAUGGAGAGAAGGACUGGGAAAAUGGCUCCAAUGCUUCUUCUCCAGCGUCAGUGACAGAAUAUACUGGACCCAAAUUGUUCAAAGAGCCAAGUUUCAAAUCCAACAAGUUCAUCAUCCACAAUGCUCUGUCACGCUGCUGCCUUGCAGGAAAGGUCAACGAGAGUCAGAAGAACAAGAUUGUUGAGGAAAUGGAGAAAAGCUCAGCCAACCACUUCCUCAUCCUCCUUCGUGACUCUAACUGUCAGUUCCGUGCUAUCUAUACGUUGGAUGGCCAGUCAGGUGAGAUGCAGAGGCUGUGUGGUGUCGGCCCUCGAACGAUUCCCUGCUCUUCAGUGGAGGCCAUUUACAAGUACAACUCGGACAGGAAGCAGUUCAGCACGCUGCCAUCUCGCACCAUCAGCAUGAGUGUGGACGCCUUCACUAUUUCUGCUCAGUUAUGGCAAAGCAAGAAACAAAGCACACCUAAAAAAACAGCCACUCCUAAAUAGGAAGAUGAUGCCUUUAAAACAGGUGACUGCUUGGUCUUGAGAUUCCCGUUCCUGGACUGUAUAUGGUUUAUGGAAUACCAAUCUGUGGGACAAUUUAUCCCAGAAUUUUAGCAUCUUAACCAUGAACAAUCAUCAACAGUUGCAAAAAAAAAACAGAAUUCUGGUUGCUGAAGGUUUUAUCUUCUAACAAACAUGUUUGGGUGAAGAGUUGCCUGAACAUCCAAACCAUAAAGUGAGGAAAAAAAUAAGAAAAUUACUGUAUGUUGAAACCCAUUUUCUCGCCUUCUGAAUAGACAAAUUGUUAUGGUAUUUCUUACAAAAUAAAAAAAUAAAAAAAAUCUUCCCUAACUGCAUGUAAAUGGUAGGAACAAAGCACGAGACAUACCACAUGAGCACUUAGAAAGAACCAGACUAGUUCAGACUUUUUGGAGACACUGAUUUCUGUCUGAUAAAAACAAAAAUCUUUGCUGCUGAUUCUCUCCUAACUCGUAACAUUUGGUCUUAAAUCCAGUUGUUGAAUAGACGAGAGACUUAUGGAUUUCUGUGCCAAUUAAAAAGUUAUAUAAUAAUUGAUAAUUAUGACGUUAAGACAAAGAUUGCAUGGUGAUUGGCUUGUAGAGGCUUGUAACUGAUGCACAAAAUCAGAUUCCGCACAUGUUCAUGAUUAUCUACAUUACAGAACCUGAUCUGAGCUCUGAGUUUAAAAUGUUUUAUGUUUUUUGCAAAUAUUUGUAUUUGUACAUUUUUACAACUCCUGGUUAGACCCGAAGAGUUAAACUCUAAAGUCUAGAGAGUAAUUCAAUGUGUUUUUUCGUUUAUGCUCUGAUGAACUUGUGGGAACUUUUUUUACCAUCAAAACACAAAGUUUCGUUUGUAGUAUUUUUAAGGAGCACUGCUUGAGGAUCUCCCCAGGGACAGAAGAGAACCUUAAGAACUUCAAGAUAUGAAACAUAAAACAUGGGGUAAGGGUUGUUCCAAGAUUUGGAAACUUGGUCUAGAAUUAGAAAGGAAGAGCCAGCUAUGGACAUGACCUCAUGACACUUCUCACAAUCAACACCACUUCUGAAGAUCAUACAAUUUGAAAUUUGCCUGAACUUCAUAUUCAUCAGGUUUCAUGGUAUACAUGUGACAAAGAUGUGUUUUAGUAUGUUAUAGAUGUUUGGGAGUUGGAAGUUGGGAUAACUUAAAAAAAGAGUCUGAUUUCUGGAAGAAAUCUAACCGACUGGAAUAUUUUUCAUGCCAUUGCUAUAAAUUUCAUCUUUGUAAAUAUGUGUUCGGUAGCUACUUUACAUGCUAAAAUAUAUUUUAGCAAUUGUGUCUGGUGUUGUGAGAUUGGAAAUUGUAUGAUGUUCCAGUUUCAUGACUGUAAACAUCAAAUAAAUCAAAUCAUUUCACUUUGU